UGAGUACUAACACAAGGUAUCACUUGGUGAUAUAUUUUAGUAAAGCAAUGGUUAUUUGUUUUUAGCCUUAUAAUUCACAAGUUAUUGACAAUAAAGGACUGGUUUCUCCUGCCUGUCAGUGUAUAAACCCUCUGACUUUCACUGAAUCACUAUGGAAGCAGAAUUGUUCUGUCCGUGCCGGUACCGAGCUAGAACCACCACGGCACGGUAGUAGAGGAUAAAAAUGAGCAAUAAUGAAAGAAAUUUAAACGAAGAUCAUAUUCUGGAAUUUCAGGAAGCAUUCAACAGUUUUGAUCCUGACAAAUCAGGACAUGUUGCAACCAAGGAACUAGGCAACCUUCUCAGGUAUCUCGGGAUAAAUCCAACCAAAGAAGAAUUACAGGACCUGACUAUACAGAUAGACCCCCACUGUAGUGGACACCUGCUCCUCCCCGACCUCCUCGACAUGAUGUCAAGAAUUAUCAUGGAGAGGAACUAUGACGCACAGAUAGAGGACGCUUUCAGGUUGUAAGGAGCAAUUACUUGAUUCGUUUUUAU